AUGUCUGUCCCGCCUGUGUCUGCUUCCAGCCGUGUCUGUGACGCCGUCUGCUCUGCAUACACCACCGCCGCCAUCCGCCGUCCCAAUGACACCACAGCAGCCCUACACCUGCUCCUACCCGUCAGCCAACACCAGCGGCUACUAGCCAGCCCGCAUGCUCUGCACCUAUUGCAAUCAUCAAUGGCGAUCCAAGAGGCAGUGCUGUGGGAUAGCGAUGUGGCUCAGCCAGACAAGGAGAACCUGGACCAGCUCUCUGCGCAAGCUGAGCUUAGCUAUGAGGUCGAGAAAGAUGCCUUCCGGAAUAUCGAGGCUGCCCAGAGGGCGCUGCGUGAGGCUAUCGCGAUCAUGCGGCGUCGACUGGAGCUGUACGAGGUCGAGGGCCGUAUCCGCGAGCUGUGCCUUCGUGCCGCUACCAGCUACCAGGACACUCUCAGAAUCGCUCGAGCAAGUCACUAUCUCUACAAGGCUGCUGCAUUCCGCAGACUUGCUGACAUUCUUCCGCAAUCAGGUAUGCCUGCCAAUGCUGAUCAGGGAGGCAUCAACCGGACGCGGAAAGGAAAGGAGGUCGCUGACGAACACCGUGCUGUAAAGGUGGCUAGUCUGACGGGCAUGCCGGACUCGGGCACCUACACUCUGCAGCCGCUUGCGAUUUUGGCGCUGGCGAAGGGCAAGUCAACUACCACAGACUGCGAUCGGCCAAUCAUCCGGCCACCAGCUCCUCACAGCGGAUCUAGGCGUGCAGGCGUGGAUAACUAUCCGGACUACAUGGACUACGAGUCGCCGCUGGAUACCAACCAGCCGCGGCCGGCAGCACUGGACCUCUCUGUAAUCGACUCCAAUACCCUACCACCCUUUUGCUGA